AUGGCACCUCGCAAUCGCAACCUCGGCCUCGGCAUCACCCGCGUCCCGGUCUGGGAGUACAACCCCAAGACCAACAAAGAGCACAUCGUCGACUACGACCUUGAGCCACAUUGGGCCACCGCCCGGGCUGCGCGCCCAACUACCCCUUCCCACCAACCACCGCCGCUUACCUCGCCCACCGCCCCCCUCGCUCAGCAAUACCUGGCCAGCGGUGCCGCCACCGAAGCCACCGACCCGGACGAGCGCACCGACCCGGACAACGGCGCCUCGCUGCUCCGCCGUCACAUGACUGGCCUGGCCGAGCAUGAAGAGGCCGAGCGCGCAAAGUGCGCCGUUGUGGUCGGCGAGGACGAGGACGAGGUUGAGGAUCGCCGUAUGGAUGGCAUGCGUGUGCGCGUCGUGAUGUGGGGCGAGGGCGUGAAGCGCGAGGCGGAAGUGAAGAAGCGGGAGCGAGGGGAGGAAGAGGAGAGCCAGGUGAAGCGCGCGAAGGGGUGGGAGACGGAGGAGGUGGUGAAGACGAAGGAGACGUGGAUAUGA